GCUUACAUUCUUCCUCACAUAACCGUAUCAACAGCAACAAAACAAUCUUCUCCUUUCUGACUUCGCGAGUAUAUAAUGUGAAGCUAUCCCUUUAAGGCCAAAUGAGUGUAUAAAAUAAUCUUGAGGGUACGGGUGAAUAGGUAUGAAGGCCGUCGAAAGACUACAGCUACCGGCACUCUUGUUCUUAUUUUCUGGACACGGAACUAGGUUAUCCAGGCUCAGCAUCUUGGUGAGAAGUAUUUAAGUUCUGCUUUCACCUUUACGCAGGUUUUGUACACUUUGGAUUCGUGCAUGUUGUAUUUGCACUCAGAGAUCGCUAUGUGGGCUUCUUUCCUUUUGAUCGGCCUCUUCGUGGGGCAGGUAAUGUGCCAGAGCAAACCGUUCCCCUUUGGACCCAGGAGAAGGGUCCUUCCGGGUCAAAGGUCUUCGGGAUGUUCGGACUGCGCGGCGGAAUUGAAACAGUGCAUUUUGACUUGUGUCGAGAAAUUCGAUUGCUCCGAAAUGAACAUCAAAGAGGGAUUCUGUCCAAUAGGAGACAAAAAGCCUGACAAUUGUUCCAUUUCUUCAGCUUCCUUUUUAAAUGUUUGCAAAACAGACACAGACUGCCCAGGAACAAAAAAGUGCUGUCAUAGCGGUUGCAGUAAAGUGUGUGCAAGUGCAUUGCCUGUUCCUCCACAAACGGCAGGUCGUAGGAGUCGAACGCAAAUGAAACUAGGGUAAAAUCUAAUUUAAACUCCAUAAAUGACUAAGAUGAAGAAUAUUAUGUAAAUCUAACUGUACAGCACAAGGCAAUACUUUGACGACUAUACAUAAGAAAUGGUAAAGACAUUUCUUACCUAAGAACUCUUAAUACUGAAUGCACAGUACAGAAACUAAAAUAGUAGUGUAGAUAUCACAUGAGCAAUUGCCUAAGGGAUGACAAUCUAAAUUUCAGCUAUUUGAAUCAAUGCCAUACGCAUAAUACAAUAAUUAAGCAGAAAAAUGCAAUUUGAAUAAAAUUAGGCCAGUCUUCAAUGCUUAAGUAUAAAUCAAUAUUAUAAGAAUGAAUGAAGUGAUCAAUUUAUUACUUUUUAUACGAUAUAGUCAGUGGCCUCUUUAUGAUUUAAUAAUGACAAUGCUAUGAGUUGACGCAUUCACUUAAAUGCGAUUUUUCGUUUCAUUAUUAAAUUGUUGUUACCAUCACCCACCGUACACAACCAGACAAAUGAAUUCUCAUCAUUAGAUUUAAUAUUAAUGCAAAUUUAAUUAUGAAUAAAAAGAAUUAGAAGGAUUAAUCGUAGCUAUUAAGGGAAAAAACGAAAAAAAAAAUUUACAAUGAAUCAGCAACGAAAGACAUUUUCGAAAGGAAAUUAUGCAUGCAUCUUCAGAUAUUUGUAAAAAUUUCUACUCUACUUUUAUGUUAUUGUGCCCGUGCUGUGAUUCAGAAAGAAUAAAACUGAUAUUUAUUCGAUGUGAUCUAUGCAAAGUUCCCAGAUAUAUCUAGGAAAAUGUCAGAAAGAGUAGGAAAAUCAACCAAAAGUGAAUUAACCAAAUGGUAUAUAA